AUGGAACGAACAAUCGGAAACCUUGGUCAAGAAAUUCGGCAACCCUCCAACCCUUAUGCUAACCUUUCGAAAGAAGGUGUGCGGCGCUGUCAAGUCAAUACCCUCCUGUCCAUUAUGCCCGAGCUCGAUGAACCUCCCAAAGGUCUUCCAAUUGGAGCUGUUGACUUAGGAGAUGGAUACGCACUGCUUCGCAAACGUGAUAGAUAUGCUAUGUUGCCAACCGGAGAGCCUGCUCAAGCAAUCUCUAACUUUCUCGGACAUGAGCUGGCACGUUCAGCAUGGAGGGAGAAUCUCAAAGCACUUGAGCAAAUUCGUGUGUCUCGCAACGUUCAGCUAAAAUACAAUGGGCAGGAACGAUAUGGCGAGGUUCUAUACUUCACUCGGUUGGCUGUCGAAGCGGACAUUCUUGAUGAUGCAGAUUGGCGUUUUGCAGAUGUUGCAAUCAUCCAACUGUACUCUCUUCCCGACGAUGCCCUCUUCCAACUCUCCUCACAUACCGUAGCAUCCUGCUCUCCCCUCGAUGAUGUCUGUGUUGUUCCUGUGAAGAAGAUCAUCAGUGUUGUAGCAAUGAUUCCGCAUACGCCCAAACUACCCUCUGGUGUCAUCGAGGAUCGAUUUUUUAUGCUACAGAAGCCUGGAUUACAGAUCUCGAAUCUUGGGAUCAACCACGUUGACGAGGAUGACAAUGACAACAACGUAGACGUAGAGUAG